AUAGCUCGUAAUGACAUCACCAUUGGCAAAUGCAGUGGAAGAGGGCAAGGUUGAAGAUGUCCAGGACAUUCUCUGACAGGAUGUGCGAGGCUGUUUAUACACAGCCAGGCGUGAGUCUCUGCACCACUUAAAGGAUUCCAUGCUGGUGCCCAUGUUUGGUGGAUGCUUUCCUCUGAAAGUGCAUGAAUCAGGAGCAUGUCUAAUUGAUCAAGAUGGAAACCUGUUUAAAUAUCUUUCGGAUUAUCUUAAUGGAGAAAUUCAGAUUCCUGAAGAUGAAAAAGUUAGAACUGCACUGCAGGAGGAAGCAGAUUAUUUUGGAAUCCCUUAUCCAUACAGUCUGUCUGAUCAUUUGGCUAAUGAAAUGGAAAUACACUCUUCAAGGUCCAAUAUAGAGCUUAAAAAGGAUUUGUUGGAUUUCUGUGAUUCUUACAAUUUAGUUUGCACCAAGCCUACAGUUUCCUGCACUAUCUCCACUUCUGGAGGAAGCUGUGAAAGUAAAAUUAUUGGUGUGUAUACCACAAGAGCAGAUGGGACUGAUGCAAUUAAUAAGGUGCUAGGAAUGAAAAUUCAUGGUAAAAUCAUGUACAAAUGUAAGAGAAGCUGAAAUAACAUCUAAUACAUCUGGAGCUAUUACUCAGUAGCUGAGCUGAAAAAGAUGAUGGAUGCUUUUGAUGCCUGGAAAGGGAGAGGUGUCAGCUACUGCAGAGUGCCUCAGGAGCUGACUGAAUGUCGGACUCUGGAAGAACGCCCGAGAGGCAGUUUGCACCAUAUGCCUCCAGUUUAUAAAAGAUGAUUAAUUGACUGUACCGAAGUAGAAAGCUGUUUACCAUGUAAAGUAGGUCUCCAGCCAAUUAAAUUCUCAGGUCCUUCAACAAGUACCCACAUAAAAGUCAAAAAUUCCCUUAAGAAUGAUAAAGGGGGUAGUGUUUGA